GGCAAAAAUUUCCCUUAAUUAUAUUAAUUAUGGGUUCCCAUUACUCAAAUGUUUUGGGAGUGUUAUUCAUACUAAUAAUAAUGAGCGCGGGUCCAACCACCACAACUUCUCCUCGGCCCGGACCGAUGAUGAACGAGUCAUCCUCUGGUUCGGGUCGGGCCACGAGCGAAAGAGGCCUCCUGGCAAAUGAGCUUGCUCUCAAACCUCAGAUGGGAUGGAGCACUUGGAACCAUUUCCAUUGCGAUAUUAACGAAACCCUCGUUCGUGAAACUGCUGAUGCAAUGGUAUCAAUGGGGCUUGCUUCCGUGGGAUAUCAGUAUAUCAAUAUCGAUGAUUGUUGGGCCGAGCAAAAUCGAGACGAACAGGGGAACUUGGUUCCUAGAGCCUCCUCAUUUCCUUCUGGAAUCAUAACGUUAGCAGAUUAUGUUCAUCAAAGAGGAUUGAAGCUUGGGAUCUACUCUGAUGCAGGGACAGAAACAUGUAGUGAUACAAUGCCUGGAUCAUUGGGAUAUGAAGAGCAAGAUGCAAAAAUGUUUGCUUCAUGGGGAAUUGACUAUUUAAAGUAUGAUAAUUGUAACAACGAUAAUGAAGAUGUUAAAGACAGGUACUAUAAAAUGAAGCAGGCACUACUUAACUCAGGAAGAGAAAUCUUUUUCUCUAUGUGUGAAUGGGGACAAGAAGAUGUUGCCACUUGGGGACAGUCUACAGGCAAUAGUUGGAGAACCAGUGGAGACAUCGAUGAUAAUUGGGAAAGCAUGGAACAACUACAGCACAACUUGGGAGAAUUGUUUGGCCGCCUGGAGAAAAAUUCAGCCACGGGUAUCACGACGCCGCGCACAGGCGGCGGCAGUGGGUCUGAACCGGUCCCUCUUAUGUCCAAAUUGAAGCUGGAGAUGCCCAAGACGGACGGCUCGGAUCCUCUCGGUUGGCUCUUCAAGGCACACGAAUACUGUCUUCUAUGGCGUCGCCGAGGACGCACGCCUACCGUCCGUUUCUCUUAUGCUCGAAGGCCCAGCCCUAGAUUGGUUUCAUUGGCGUCAACGGAAUGCUCUUGUGGCCUCCUGAGCCUUCAGGUGCCACUUUUGUUGCAAGGGUUUCACUUCUGCGUCGACGUCAAUGUUUUGCCCAUCCAUGGGCCGGAUAUGGUACUCGGUGUUCAAUGGUUACAGUUAUUGGGCCGGGUGACGCAUGAUUACGCCAACCUCGUCAUGGAUUUUACGUGGCACGGAAAGCCGGUAACUCUCCGCGGUGACCCCCUGUCGCCUAAGCCACUAUCGUUGCAUCACUUUCACGGCCUCUGUGCCGCCCAGCAAGUAGCCGACUGUUACGAAUUGUUGAUCACCCCUAGCGUGUCUGCCGCUAGCGCCACCAGUGAGGAAUGGCCGCCUGAUCUCCCACCUGAGAUUCUGCAGAUUUGGGAAGACAUUAGCAUGGAUUUCAUCACGGGCCUUCCCCCAUCUCGAGGAUCUUCGGUUAUUUUUGUGGUGGUUGAUCGUUUGUCCAAGUAUGCCCAUUUUGGGGCAUUACCCGGGGAUUUUGAUGCUCAUCGUACGGCCUUCUUGUUUACAGACAUGGUUGUGAAAUUGCACAGCAUCCCGAAGACCAUAGUUUCCGACCGCGACAAGAUCUUUACUAGCGCCUUCUGGAAGGAAUUACAUGCUUUGAGUUCUAAACCGUACCCUGGAGCAAUAUUUGCGGGCCUUCGCCCACGCCAAACCCAAACGCUGGACCGUCUUGCUCCCUUGGGCCGAAUAUUCCGUCAACACGAGUUAUCACCAUGGGCUACAAAUGACACCUUUUCAAGCUGUACGACAGACAGCAAGCGUCGCGAGGUUGGAUUUAACGUGGGGGAUUUGGUGUUGUUGAAAUUGCAUCCGUACAAACAACAUUCUAUCGUCCGUCGUUCGUCACAUAAGCUGUCUUUGCGUUUCUAUGGGCCGUUUGUGGUGUUGGAGCGGAUUGGACCAGUGGCAUAUCGUCUACAGUUGCCUGACACAGCUCGCAUCCACCCUGUUUUUCAUGUCUCUGUCUUGCGUCGUUUUCGGGAAGGGGGUGAUAGCGAGCGAACUUUGCCUCUGCCUGCCGAGUUGGUGGACGGUCAGGCCCCAUCACUGCCCGUCAAAAUCCUGGAUCAGCGUCGAGUGCUGCAGCAUGGGAGUCCGGUCGACCAAUAUCUUGUCCAAUGGAGUGAUGGCGGGGUAACAGAUGCAACUUGGGAACCAGUCGAGAGUAUACAGCGGAACUUUCCCAACCCUCACCUUGAGGACAAGGUGAUUCCUGAAGGGCGGGAGAGUGUUAUGGAUCCGGAGCAACGCGGAGAGACCCACGUCCGGCGUAGUGGUCGGAUAUAUAUUGCAGAGAGCCAUCCAGAUCGUGCGACAAUUCAAAGGAUGGAUGCUUUUGCUCAGUCAUUGAAUCAAAUGCAACAAGAUUUUUCAUUCCGAAUGGAGGCGCGAUUCGCACGGUUAGAGACUUUAAUUGUGAGUACUUGUGCAUUGGAUAAACUUAUUGAUUUGUUGGAAAAUGUUUUAUAUGGAGAAAUUGAUCUAGAGUACGGAGUGUGUGGAGUUUAUGAUCAUGUGGAUGAACUUAUAAAGACGCUCCGGUUGUUUCGUCAUACUACUGGUCAGCCAAAUUAUGACUCUAACUUGUACGCAUUUGAUGUCGAAAUCUCUUGCUCCAUACAAGAUUUGGUUCGUGGUCCCCCAAUUUUGCCGAGUUUGAUUCCAUGGGAGUUACAAAACUUUAGAACAAACAUGUUGGGCGCUAUAAAAAUUCUCAUUGACACUCCGCCAUAUGCGCCAAAUGUGGUCUCUACAGUAAUUGAACAAAACGCUGAAGCAAUAAACAAAGAUGACGGGAGGUUCAACGUUGCGGACAAAAAUGAAGGUCCUCUUGCAGAAGAUGUUGCUAAUGUCGACAAGCCAGAUCCUACUUUUCAGGAAUUUUCUACCUCAGCUGGUGUGGUCAUUGCAGAAUAUGAAAUUCCAAAAAGUGUUGACAAAGUGACAGAUGCAGAUGGUAAACAAGCACACUCACCUAUGUUGAUUGACACCAUCAAGUUGUUUGAGCUUGUCGACGUGGUCAUGACGGAGCACCUGGUUUCAUCGAGAGCAACUACAUAUGUUCUGCGCCCCGUCUCAUCUUUCCAUCACUUUGCUUCAAGAUCAAAGAUGGUUGAAGAUUCAAAGAAUGGAUUGCUCCUUUGCAUGACUUCACACGCGGAUCAAAAUGACCGGUGGGCAUCUUAUGCAUAUCCUGGGGGAUGGAAUGAUCCAGAUAUUUUGGAAGUUGGAAACGGCGGCAUGACUGAGGCGGAAUAUCGAUCUCAUUUUAGCAUUUGGGCAUUAGCCAAAGCUCCCUUACUGAUUGGGUGUGAUAUUCGAUAUAUGGACAAUUCCACCUUCAAAAUACUUAGCAACAAAGAGGUUAUCGAUGUUAAUCAAGAUGGACUUGGUCAUCAAGGGAGAAAAGUGAAACAAGAUGGAGAUUUAGAGGUUUGGGCAGGACCAUUGAGUGGGAAUAAAGUGGCAGUGGUGCUGUGGAACAGAGGAGCAACGGAGGCAACCAUCACUGCUUAUUGGUCAGAUUUGGGCCUCAAUGCCACCACCCUCGUCACUGCUCGAGACCUAUGGGAUCACUCGAGGGUGAGACUACCAAGUAAAGGACAAAUCUCAGCAAGUGUUCCAACACAUGACUGCAAAAUGUAUGUCCUUAGUCCGAUGCCACCGUCGACCCGGAGGGAUCGAAGUGCUGCAAAACGUUCAAAUGUGUAAUGUUUAUAGAUAAAAUAAUUCUGUAACAAAAUUGGUGCAUUUCUAUACAAAAAAUGUUUAAACUAUUAAUGUCUGCAACUUGUAUUAAAUAUAUUACUCAUUAUCCCCUCCCAGAUUUAGUUGUGCUAUUUUUCAUAUAUUCAAUCAAGAAAUUUGUGAUGAAUUG